AUGACUGGCCUUGGUCUCAGAAGCAUGAGCCCUGGAACACCCGGGAGCCUUCCUUCAAGCGAGGAUACGAACAGGGAAAACGAAGAGCAGGAGCUUUAUCCUAUUGCCGUUCUUGUUGAUGAGUUAAAAAAUGAAGAUGUGCAACUUCGUCUUAAUGCCAUUCGCAAUCUUGGUACUAUUGCAAUGGCUCUUGGUCCUCAGCGAACAAGAGAUGAAUUGAUUCCUUUUCUGAAUGAUUCCAUCGAUGACGAAGAUGAAGUUCUGUUGGCUGUUGCUGAUGAACUCUCGAAAUUCUCAGAAUAUGUGGGUGGCCCUGAAUAUGCACAUUUUAUGCUCGGACCUUUGGAAAACCUAUCCGCGGUUGAGGAAGUACUCGUUAGAGACAAGGCUGUCGAGUCUCUUUGUAAGAUCGUUGCUCUCUUAAAUUCUUCUCAGAUCGAGCACUAUUUUAUGCCUUUGUUGAAACGCCUGACAAGUGGUGAAUGGUUCACUAGUCGUAUCUCUGCUACCGGACUUUAUGCUGCUGGUUAUUCAAAGUGUACUCCUGAACAGCGAUCAGAGCUGAAAGUUUUAUUUGCCCAACUCAUCCAAGAUGAUACACCAAUGGUCAGACGUGCUGCAGCAAAGUCAUUAAAGGAUUUGAUUAAGGAGCUUUCUAAAGAUGUUAUAAUCAGCAAUAUUUUGCCUCUUUUUAUCAAACUAUCCAGUGAUGAUCAAGAUACAGUCAGAUUGCUGACAGUAGAAGACUUGGUGCAGAUGGCUCGUAUCUUAUCACCCGAAGAAAGUAAACAGCAUUUACUUCCAAUUCUUAAGCAACUCGGACAAGAUAAAUCAUGGAGAGUACGCUACAUGGUCGCCACUCACUUCACGGAGAUAUGUGAGGUUCUUGGGGAGACAAUUACAAGAGAGGAAUUGGUUACUCUAUUUGUAAGUUUGAUCAAAGACAGUGAGGGUGAAGUUAAAAUGACUACCAUCGGACAGGCACCAGCCUUUGCAAAGAAGGUGGAUGAGACAACUGUUGUAAACAAGAUCUUACCAUGCAUCAAAGACCUGGUAAUCGAUACAAACCAGCACGUCCGUGCCGUAGUGGCCAUAAAUAUCAGUGGACUUGCUCCAAUUGUCGGAAAAGAUUUGACAAUCGAAUACCUUUUACCCUUAUUCCUCCAGCUCUUGAAGGAUGAUUUUCCGGAAGUGAGACUCAAUAUUAUUUCCAAGCUGGAACAUGUCAAUCAAGUGAUCGGCGUCGAGCGUUUAUCUCAAUCAUUACUCCCUGCUAUUGUUGAGCUUGCCGAGGAUAAACAAUGGCGUGUCAGACUGGCUAUCAUAGAGUAUAUCCCACUGUUGGCCAAGCAGUUAGGCGUAGGCUUCUUCGAUGAAAAGCUGUUGAGUUUGUGCAUGUCUUGGUUGUGCGAUACGGUUUUCUCUAUCCGUGAGGCUGCCACAACAAACCUUAAACAGCUUGUGGAUAUCUUUGGCUGUGAAUGGGCCACUGAGACAGUGCUUCCUCAAGUAAUGGAUAUGGCUACCAAUACAAACUUCUUAUUCCGUAUGACAAGUUUGUUUGCUCUCGGAACAAUGGCUACUUCCCUCUCCCCAGAAAUCAUUCAAGAUAAGGUGCUCCCUACUGUGCUCGAAUUAAAGACAGAUCCUAUCCCAAACAUUCGUUUCAAUGUCGCCAAGUCACUGGAGGUCUUGACGCCAAUCCUUAGACAGAGUCCCGCAACUGCCGAUCUUGUCAAUACCCACGUCGCACCUGCUCUUCAAGAUCUUAGCAAUGAUAAUGAUGUAGAUGUAAGGUGGUUUGCAGAGAGAGCGAUACUGACAGCCACUAAGCUAACAGUAUAUUGA